AAUGAAAUAAUAAUAUAGAUCAUAAACUCCAGUUUUAGGAGCAAGUCUAUUUGAUUUCAAUAUACCAUAAAUGACAAUUACUGGUUAAUAUAAAAUUAGAAAUGCUUGUGUCUUAAAAAAAUUAUGUCCAGAAAAAAAGAGGAAUUAUAACAAUCCUAUUAAAUUAGUAAACCCUAGAAAGAAUAUGAAAUAUUUAUUCCUAAAUAUUGAUAUUAAUGAUCCAAAAUAUUAUGAUAGUGACUCAGAUUAUUAAUAUAGAAGUAUGCCAAAAUAGAAAGUAUUAAAAUAAAAUAUUUAACGAAAAUCAAUGUCAAUUAAACAUACUAAUUUAGAGAUGUCAAUUAGUAAUUUAGAACUGAUAUAGAGACCGUUUUGUAAGCAUUUAAGAUCAAAGUCUUUAAAAUUUACUUGA